GAAUUCUCUCCUGACUCUACACGUGAUUUUUACCGCCUGCUAGUGGCAGAGCCGCGUUAAAUCCAGCACCAGCCGCCUGCUUUUACAAGUUCUGGAGACGUUACAAGUUUAUUUGGAGACAGAGACAUUUCACACUGGACCAUGUCUUCUAACAUGAGCCUGACGGACAUGAGGAGGAAUGUGGAGCAGCUGAAACUUCAAGCCAGUGUAGAGAGAAUAAAGGUGUCUCAAGCCGCAGCUGAGCUACAGCAGUACUGCCUUCAGAAUGCCCCCAGAGAUGCCCUCCUGGUCGGGGUGCCAACAGGCAGCAACCCUUUCCGAGAACCACGUUCGUGUUCCAUGUUUUAAGCACAAGGGAUCGUGUUGGUGGAUUCCUGGAUAUUUGUUACAGUGCAAAGAUGCAGUGUGAACUCUUAUUCUGUUCCUGAGUCACCAUUGUCUAUUUAUUAAUAAACGAAUUGGAGAAUGUUCUAACAUUGAUGGUUUUUGCGAUACAACUGUGCCAAAUGCAAACAUUAAUACUCACUAAAUUUGUGUUUUUUUCAUUUUAAUAACAAUAUUGAGCUUUGAUUUUGUGUUUUUUGGAUUUUAUGGCAGUCCUUUCAAAAAUAAAUAAAUAAAUAAAUUUAA